GUUGUAUUGUUUUCGCGCGACAUUGUGUUGACUUUGCCCUUUGAAGAAUGUUUCCCUUCAAAACCAGUGCGUCUGAAUUUGAGACCACGGACCGUGGGCAGUACAAGGUCCUUGAUGACCCAACCGACGAUGACCUUGGAAGAACGCCGCUGAAGGAGCUGGGACACCUGAGGAAGCGUCUGCGGUUCUACCAAGUCGGCUUUUACACGGUUCUCGCCUUCCAAGCCCUGGCCGUUGUCUACUGGGCUUUCCUGGGCCAUGCCGACUCACACUCCUCCGUCACGUAUCGCGAACUAGAAUGGAGCGGUUUGCUUGGAGAGGACUGGAACGGCCUUGUUCCUAACGGUGUUGGCCAGCCGCUGAAGCCGGUUUAUUUUGGUCCGGACCAUCCCUACUACAUGCCCGAGGAUAUUUUCGACGAUUUCGACAAGUCCAUGGCCAUGAUUGACAAGUGGAAAUCGAUGCAUAACGGCUCCAGCGUGCUUGUCGACAAAGACGCGCCUCGUGUCAAGAGAAUCAAGCCGGAUGGUGAUGUAGCCGAGAUGGAGCCGUUCUGGCCGUGGGAGCCUCGCGCCGAUGGCAAGCAGAUCUAUGCCAUCCGCGGGUUUCACCAGAUGCACUGCAUAUUUGUCAUCUCGGAAGAGUUCACCUUCCAUUACAACAGGGUCAACGAGACCAAGUGGACAGCCGGGCACGUGGCGCAUUGCAUCAACACGGUCCGCGACGCCAUCAUGUGCAUGGCGGACUCCCAGCCGUUGUCCUUUGCGAACGGCUACAAGGUCGGGCACGCGACGGACGACCAGGCCAUGAUGUGCCGCGACUGGAAAGCGUUGCACGCCUGGGUCAGCGACCCGAGCCGGGGCGUGCGGGUGAAGAAUGACGCGCCGCCGGGGAGCAAGUCGGACAAGAUCGUGCCCAUCAUUCCGUACCCAGAGCUGACGGAGGCGGAACUCAAGGGCGAUGCGUGAGGGUUGGGCGGCACAGAAGACGAUGCUCUAAUGUAUAUCAGUGGAAUUCAACUCGAGCAUGCAGCGCUUUCGUAGACUUUGAACAUCCGUCAGCAUUUCACAUAUUGUAUGCUUUGUAGAGUUUUGCACAAGACUAAAUGUUAUACUUG